UUCACACCUACGGUCAAUUUAGAGUCACCAGUUAACCUAACCUGCAUGUCUUUGGACUGUGGGGGAAACCGGAGCACCCUUUGGUGAAAUAUGAAAAUAAAAACAUUUUUCAGACCACGAGCUAGAAAAUCACUAUACGUUCUCUGAAACUGUUCACUGUAGACAUUUGCUCAUGACACUGCAAUUGUGGGUUUCUUACCAGGUGAUGAAACAUGCAACAGUACAGACAAGGUAGACCAGUUCUAUACUUAGUGCAAUGAAAUAUACCAGCAUUUAAUUAAAGAAGUAAAUAAUAUAUAGUUUAAUAUAUACAUAUAUAUUAAUUAUUUGAUAUAUAUUAUAUAAUAUGUGUGAGUAUGAAAUGAGCAAAACUCUUGAAUGAAGGCAAAACUGUUACAAGAUGCUCAAAGGCACAAAAAACUUUAUUUUUAAGGAAACUGCAUAUCUUUAUGGUUGAUAGAGUGAUUUUAAGAUGUAACUGUAAGAUAACUUAAUGCAACUUUAGGUAACUAGGUUAACUUUAGGUAACUUUCAAACAGUAUUUGGUGACCAUUUCUAUUCAGUGUUGGGGACGUGGUCUAUCUGUUCAAAACAGGAACAUGGUUACACUGGUACAAACUGAAAACUGACACACACACACACACACACACACACACACACACACACACACACACACACACACACACACACAGCAUGCGUACAGUAUCCAUGAACUAAAAUGACCCCCUAUAAUGUAUACUACCUACUGUACUACUGUAUAAUAACCACCAUGUCCCUAGUUAUAGCUUAGAACUGCAUUUAUAUAUUAGCUCAAAUUUCUCACUCUCGUCAUUGGUCUCUCACACACUCCUUCUCUCGCUCCAGCCCAUUCUCCUCCUCGCUCUCAUCGUUGCCUGCUACGCCUACCCCGCCCUGCUGCAAUUCAUCAUGGGUAACGUAAUGCGGAAGCCAGUAUGUUAUUCAACUAUUCUUGACCGGACACUACGUUCCCCGCAAUGCAUUGCGCACACAAUGUCAAAGCCAUUUCUGUCUGGUGUGACACAUGAUUUGAGCGGCACCGGCUGCGAGAAUACAGGAGGGGGAGACUUUCUCUCGCUGCGUUUCAAAAGAGAAAACAAAUGCCACUCGAGUUAUCAAGGGAAAACAAAUUCCAACGUUCAUUUACAGUGAUGUCUGCUGUUCAUGACACAUAAUGUGAACAAAUCCACAUUCAAGUUCUUUAUUAAAACAUGUGUUGCGUUCAGUUCAAAAUUCAUGAAAAAAUGAGCGUGUUCAGUGAACACGUUCUUUUGAACUCGUUCAUGCACAUCACUGAUUAGGCUAAUGAUAUACGAAGCUAUCCAGAACCUCACUGCUCAGAUUGCAAGCCUCAGUCAGACUCCAAGACCUAAGACAAUGACAGUUGGUGAGCAACCAAGUCAGAACCAUUGUCCCCAGUCAGGGGCAGCGGAUACCAAACGAUGUCAGCAGUGUCAGGUGUCCAAUCCUGAGGGAAGAUGUAGUCACUGUUAUAAAUGUGGCAGCACUGAACAUUGGGUGGCAGGCUGUCGGGCUAAAAAGAUCUCAGCCACUUUGAGUAGGAUUGAAAUCCGGGUACAUCCUGUAGAAACGACAAACAAAGUGGACCAAUUCAACCUGAAAGCACCUCUCACUGGUAAGCAACAACAAACUGCUAAGCUGGUAGAGAAGAGAUGUCUGGUUCGAGCCUCCCUUGGUGAUGUUGAGACUGCAGUGCUGUGGGACACCGGUUCACAAAUGUCAAUUGUGGGAGCAGAGUGGAAAAGAAAAUGUCUGCCAGAUGUUGAGGUGAGACCAGUGAAGGAGCUGCUUGAGGAGGGAGAGCUGGACCUUUCAGCAGCCAAUGGAACAGAUAUUCCUUAUGAAGGAUGGAUGGGAAUUUAAGUUACCCUGUCCAAAAAUGCAGUGUCUGGGAUGAGUGACAAACCAGUGCUGGUCCCAAUUCUGGUUGCCCGUGAUGACCUUGAAUGCCCCAUCAUCGGAUUUAAUAUGAUCCAAGAGCUGACACUGGUAAACAGUGAAUCAAGAGACUGCACCCCUCCUGGUUACAUGGUACAAAGACUCUGUUUGGCACUAGGGGUAGGGUGCAAAACUGCAAGAGCUGUCUUAUCUGUUUUAAAGGAACAAAAGUCUGAAAGCAGUCCCCAUAUAGCCAAACUGGGCAGACGGUCCAUUACCAUACCAAAACACAAAGUCAUAGAAGUGGAAUGUAGCCAGCUGAGUAAGAGGGUGACAAGUGGCUCACAUGCUAUGUUGGAGCCAAAUCAGGAGGCGCCAUGGCCCACAGGACUAACUAUUAGAGAGCAGUUAAUUCACCUUCUGCAAGAAAAUGACAGAAAAAUUACAGUGACUGUUGAAAACCUAACUGACAAGGAUAUCACACUCUGUGGCUGCACUACGCUUGGCUGGUUGCAUGUUGUUGAAGCAAUCUACCCCCUGGAAACAAAGCCUUUGGAGGGACAGGGACCUCACUCAUCAAGCAGCAGCACUGCACCUCCAGUGAAGCAACUCGGUGAACCCGCACAAAGUGAGUCCUGGGAUCCACCUGUGGACCUGAGUCAUCUGUCAGAGGACCAACAGCAACAGGUACAGCAGAUGCUCAGAGAGGAGUGUGAUGUUUUUGCAAAAGAUUAUUGGGACACAGGGUGCAUCAAAGAUUUAGAGAUGGACAUACAGCUACAAGACAACAUCCCUGUCCUGAAAACAUACAAUGCAAUUCCUUGACAUCUCUACCAAGAAGUGAAAACACACAUACAGGACUUACUCAAUCGUGGCUGGAUACAGAAAUCUUGCUCUUCAUACGCUUCGCCUGUAGUGUGUGUCCGAAAGAGAGAUGGAAAUCUUCGCUUGUACAUAGACUACAGAGUGCUGAAUGGAAAAACACUGUCUGACCAUCAUCUUAUUCCCAGAAUAUAGGAGAUCCUGGAAAUCCUGGGGGGCAACUCCUGGUUCGCGGUCCUAGACCAGGGAAAGGCCUAUCACCAGGGCUUCAUGAGUGAGAAAAGCAGACCCUGUACCACGUUUAUAACACCGUGGGGACUUUAUGAAUGGCUCAAAAUCCCAUUUGGGCUCACGAACGCGCCAGCAGCUUUUCUGCGCUACAUGGAAGGAUGCUUGGGAGACCUUAGGGAUGAGGUUUGUGUCCCAUAUCUAGAGGAUGUACUGGUGUUCAGCCACAGCUUUGACCAACACAUCCAAAAUGUGAGGCGGGUACUGCAGCAACAGUGUGGAAUCAAGUUAAGACCAUAAAAAUGUGACUUUUUUCAAACGUGAAGUCUGUUAUGUGGGUCGAGUCAUCUCCGCAGAGGGGUAUAAAAUGAAUCCCAAGGAGGUGGAAGCUGUGUAGGCCCUCAGACAUGAGACACCAGCCACAGUCCGUGAGGUGAGAAAACUGAUGGGUUUCCUCAGCUAUUACAGUUCCUAUAUACCAGACUUCUCCAGGACAGCAAAACCUUUGUACGAGCUUUUAGCAAAGCCCAAAUCUGAGCAAAAGAAAAACGUCAAAAGAAACAAAGAACUGGCUGCCGAUCUACUCAACUUCCACCAUCUCACCCAGUCCAGUGGACAGAAAUCCACAGGGAAGUUCUUGAAAAGAUAGUGGAUCAACUGACAAACCCACCUGUGUUGGCGUAUCCAAACAUGGAGAAACCAUUCAUCUUGCACGUCAAUGCCUCAGAAGAGGGCUUGGGUGCAGUCUUAUAUCAGUGACAAGAGGGAGCACUCAGAGUAAUUGUCAAGUGUAUGUGAGCAUCAGGGUUUCCCACACUUGAAAGGGAAGGACUUGGACACAGGAUUCCACUCUUCUUGUAUUUUAUUGGUUUUCAGUGGAACUGACGUUAGAAUCAGAAGUAGAAUCAGAGGUAGAAUCAGAAGUAGAAGCUAGAAGCUUGGAGCUUGAAGCCGAAGUUAGAAGUUGAAAAACCUUUAAACAUACAAACAUAAAAUAAAUGUAUGAAUAAAUGCCUGUUUUUCUACAACAAAGCAUGUAUGAAUAAAUGCUUGUUUUUCUAUAACAAAACCCAAGUUAAUUAGGCAACAAUAUAUAAAUAUUUAUGUAUAAGGUAAAUUAGGUAUAUUUUAACCAUUUUUAAUAAUUCAGGUAAUAUGUUGCUGAACAAAUAUAAAUGAACAGAAAAACAGUUUUAAACUAAGAACCAUUUUAACCAUUAGCCCUUUCACAGGCAGUUUGUUCACUUUAACUGAAGAUCUUUUACUACACGCCACUGAUAAAGAAAGUUUAAAUCAUUAAACCAAUCACAGGUAAGGAACAAACAUUUCUCAUGCCCACGGAUUACUGCGAGCGCAGCGUUUGCAUAUAAAUAAGUUCAGUGGGUUUACCGGUAGCCUUUUUUGUCCUUUUUUCCCCUGAUGUGCUGUAAAGUUUGUGUUAGUAGCGAAUUCUCUUUGCAGCUGCUGCGCUGCUGCUUCGUUACAAACUGAAUGUUAAUUCUGCCUAGCGUUCUAGAACGACCACUGCCCUGCUAACUAGCGUUGUGAUUGGCUGCCCUGCUAACUAGCGUUGUGAUUGGCUGCCUGUUCAGCGCAGCGUUUCAGCGUAGCAGGAAGUGGCGGAGGCAGCUGUCAAUCAUGUGAGCCUGCGUUCAGGCACUCCUUGUGGCAGAUUGCCGCAACACCUCCCACUCGAUCUUGGUGUGGCACGACACGGGAAGAUCGCGCCCAUCAGGCGAGCUGGUCUCUGCUGACUUGUUCCUCCACUGGGAGGAGGACGAUGAGGCGUCGCACGUCCCGAUGCAGUGUGGUACCCUGUGGGUCCCAGGACUUUUGGUUGGCUUUGGAGUCUUCACUUGAGCACGUCCACCUAGGGGAACUUUCACAUGGACAUCCCGGACAAUGCCUUUGGAGUCUGCAUUCACGCUGACCACUCUUGCAAGCUUGAAUUGCCCCCUCAGUGCGUUUUGGUCGCAGAGCCACACUAUGUCUCCAACGGCAACAUUCCUUUUUGCAGUGUGCCACUUGCUGCGGAUGAACAGGUUCGGACCUGCAAGUUGGCUCCAGGACCUCCAGAAGUGGCUAACUUGUGUUUGCAUUUCUCGCAGUCUCUUGAAGGGGUAGGUGGUGUAGUCUACUGUUUUGAAGUCUCCAGUUUGUGUGGCUCGGCCAAGCAACAGUGUGUUUGGGGUUACGUAGUUGAUGCGGUCCUCACGGCUCUGAACUCUGGCAUCGAUUGGCCUUUCGUUGGCAAGGUUAGCAGCUAGCUUAAGCACUGUCAGGAACUCACUGAAGGUAAGGCCUCCUCCGCCACCGAGGCUUUGCAGAGCUCUUUUGGUGACCUUGACAGCAGCUUCGGCCGCACCGUUCCGGUGGGGUGAGUCAGCUGGAAGGAUUUUCCACGUCCAGCUGGUACCGUUUUUGGCAGCAUACUCUUCAAGUGAUUCUUUGUUCAGUUGUCUCAGGUAAGUAUACAUUUCUUCCAGGACAGGUUUCGCUCCAAUGAAGUUUGUUCCAGGAUCGGACCAGAUCUUCUGCGGAUGACCACGGAUUGAGGUGAACCUCUGGUAAGCAAGGAGGAAGCUCUCUGUUGUUAGAGUGUUUGCCAGUUCGACAUGGAUGGCUCGGCUUGACAUGCAGCAGAAUAGUACGCCCCAUACUUUCAUGCUUGCUCUCCUUCUGACGUCAUCCUUCACUUGAUAUGGUCCGAACAGGUCGAUGGAUGUGAACUGGAAUGGCGUAGCUGGAUUGACACGCUCUUCAGGUAAGUCACCCAUGAUUUGCUGACAGGUUCUUGCUCUUUCCUUCUUGCAGAUGAUGCAGUUGUCGACAACUUUUUGGGCCAGAAUUCUUCCUCUGAUCACCCAGGCUCUCUUUCGCAUCCGCAGCAGGGUUCCUGCCACUCCGUCAUGUCCCUCACUGUGUGCUUCACGGGCCAGGAGAGUGGAGACCCAGGCUUGGUAUGGUAGCAGGGGAACAGCAUUAUGGUCCUCUUUGAAGGCCUGUAUCCACCCUCCACACAUCAGGAUCCCAGUUACUUGGUCUUUGUAUACAACAAGCCUGUCAGUAGUUGUAUUUGGGAAGUUCACACCUUCUUGCGCUGCCAGACAUAGUUUCAGGAACACGUUUUUCCUUUCGCUGACAGUGAUGACGCCAGAUGAAGGUAUUGCCUCCCACUUUGCUUCAUCUCCCCUCUUGGCACGCAAGAACUUCUUAGCCGCCCUCCAAAUCCAUGCAACCGUCCCGACCAGCCGUCUUAGACUGCUGAAGCGCCUUUCGUCCAAUAGAUUUUGGACUGCUGCUACUGUUGGUGGCAGGUUUCUGGACUUGGAUUGUGCUUUGUCCUGGACUGCAAUUGGGCUUUGUGUCUUCAGCUGACUUCGGGUGAGUACAGCAGUGAAUGUUUUCUUCUGCAUUUUUGUGACGUUGUCUCUUGCCUGUGCAGCAACAUCUUUCGCUGACUUUUUUGGCCACUCACUCUCAGGAAGCUAAAGGAACUGCGGACCUGACUGCCACUUGGAUUUCUCGAUUAGGUCAUCAGGACUGGCCUCUCGGGUGAUAAUAUCCGCAAUGUUCUCGGCACCUGGAAUCCACCACCAAUCUCGGAUGUCAGUGCUGCUCUGGAUCUCACCAACUCUGUUUGCGUAGAAGGUUUGGUAUCCAUAACUUUCACGCUGUAUGGCACCCAAGAUGGUCUGGCUGUCGACUAGAUGAUACCACCUCUUGACCUCGAUUCGGCAGUGCUUUUGGAAGUAAUUCUUCAGCCGUGCUGCAAAGACUGCUCCGCACAUUUCUGCUUUCACAGGGUCACCUUUAUGGUCAAGGGGGGUUUGUUCUCUCACUUGUUCUUUCAACAAGUCCUGGCCGAGGCACAUUUUCUUCCUCUUCUUGGAGAAGUUCACUGCAACCAUGACAUGCAACUUGUCAUUGUCGACGGUGUAGCCGAGGCCCAGGGCUUUGUUAUCCUCUUCGGUGAGUUGGUUUGGCAGGAUCAUGGUGUUUGACUCGAUCUUCUCACCUCUCGACUCGCUCCUCCCACUUUGAUCCGAGUAGAUCCAGGGGUUCAUGAAGAACCCUCCUGCUUGAAGGAUCUGCUCAAUGUUGGAUGUGAGGCAUUUCAGGUGGUCGAGGUUGUUGUGGGAAGUCAAUAUGUCAUCGACAUAGGCAUCCUCUUCGAGGACACGUCUCUCCUCUUUGAAGUGGUUGAAUGAAGGCAGGCUGGCUGUCUCUCGCAUGGCAACUUGGGCUAUGCAACCAGCAGGUUUGUCUCCAAUGACAGCUGCAGUGCGCAUGGAUCUUGCGAAGUGAGUCUUGGAGGUGUGGGCCGUUAAGGUGACUUCCUCAAAGAGGUCCGGGUGUGUGCCUCCAAUGGUCUUGCCAAGCGGGCCAUCCCAGAGCACCAAGUCACCAACGGAACGAACCUUCUGGGGUACCAGCUGCCCUUCUUUGUGGCUGAUGAGGAGUUGGAUCUCCUUUGGUCUUGCUAGAUCUUCCAGGGAGAUGUCUGAGAAGAUUUUCUGCAGUUUUUUCGCCGGGACAUGUCUGUGGACUUCUGCUAUUUUGUCAAGUCCAUAGCAGAUGAGUUGGUGUGCUUUGAGUGUCCCUCUUGGGGUGCUGACACGUAUCUUAAGCAGGUAGCGCUUGGUUGCAACAGACACCUUCAUCCCUCCAACGCCAUGAACCACCAGUGUAACGUCUUCACUUCUCAGGUUCAACUUGCUUGCAGCUUUGUGCGUUAUGUAGUUUGUGUCUGAUGCCAGGUCGAUGAGGGUCCCGACACUCUGUCCGUCAUUAGCAGUGACAUUGAGGAGCAUUAGGAUGACUGGGUACUCAGUGAGGCAGUGUUCAUCUAGAAGACCUCUCUCAGCAGCACUGGAGUUGAAUGCCCUGGACGCUAUGUUGCAGAAGGCAUCUCAACACUGUUGUGCCAGCUCUGGUGUGAGUUUGGAGAGGAACUGCUCCUGGGUUUCAGUGAGUCUUCUGCCCUCAGCCCUCACUGGACUGAACUUGGGUGUUCUUUGGGACUGGGGUCUGGUAACUGGACAGAGGAGGAAGUGGUGUUGAUCUUUGCAUUCUGGAUUCCCGCACAGGUAAGUGGUUUUCUUGCAGCUUUCACCAGUGUGGACUUCGAGGCAUCUUUUGCAGGCACCGAGUUGUUGUGCUGCAUCCCUCUUCUCCGAUGGCUUUAGGUUGGUUCUAAACUUUCUGCAGAAGUACAGUUUUCUUCUGUGCUUUGGGUCACCACAGACGAUGCAGCCUGCUGCGUCACCGUUGGAUGACACUGCCGGACUGUUGGUUGCUUUUGUUCUGGCUUGCUUCAGGAACUUGGUCUUGUCCUUGGCAGGUUCAACGCCAUCUUUCAGUUGGUCAAGUUGCUCAUAUAUGGCUUCCUGUGACUUUAGGUAAGCCAGCAGCUUGUCAAAGCGGUUGUGAUGGUCCACAGCGUUACUCACAUCAGCAGCAUAGGUGAGCCAGUCUUUCUUUAAAGUUUCUGGAAGCUUGCCCUCAAUGGAUUUGGUCACAAUGGGGUUCUUUAUGGCCUCGGCAUUGUCCAGUUCAUUUAAGUCGUAGAGAGCUUUUUCCACUGUUUGGAUGAGCUCGAUGACUCUUCUCGGCUGGCCGGCUUUGACUGCAGGAGUUGCUUGUAGAUCUUCAAUGAUCUCGAGAGCAAUGUUGGCUUGGUUCCCAAACCGAUUAUCCAGGACUCUGAAGAUUUCGUUUGAGGAGCUGUAGGUCGACAGGUGUAGGUUUUUGGCCACCUUUUCAUCGAUGCUGUCGAGCAGCUGGAAUUUCUUGACCUCUCUAGACCCUGUCGGUUCACCCUGCUUCUGUAGAGCUUCCCACUCCUUCUUCCACCUGUAGUAACUUCGCUGGUUGCCAGCAAACUUUGGAAGGGCUGUGGCUUUCAGCUUUAUUGCUGGCACUGGAGUUGUACGGUGGACAGUGGGCUCUUCAGAUUCUGUCUUGAUUUUUGCAGCUUUGAUGAAGGCGGCCUUGCGCGACACCAGCUGGGGAAGUUGCACUUCGAGCUCUGCCAUGCGGUGAUCAAAGUCUCUUUGCUCUGCAGCGGGAGCCCAGCGGUUCCAGUCACGGUGCGCUUCUUUGGCCUUCAGCACCAACAUCUCAAAGUGCUUCAGCAUGAAUUCAUAUGCCUCCAGAGUCACGUCGAGCUGGGCAGAGGAGACGCUCUUGCAGUCAGCUUCAGCGAUGUAUAGGGCAAGGGGCAGCUCUUUCUCCCCAUACGAUUCCCAGAGUGUUUGUUGAAUUAGGAGCUUUGCUUCUUUAGUCCUCUGCUUACAGUAUGCCUCUAUCUUCUCCAGGUCAGCUUUCUUCUCGGCGCCCAGGUCCUCUACAGCGGCUGCGGCUGCUUCUACCAUGUAGGCGGCCUCAAUCUCUUCGUUCGCCUCCAUGAGUCUCGAGCUUUCUGCUGUAAGCUUGUUGAAGUUUUGCUUUAGCUCCUCCACAGUCAUCUCUGAGUGUGUUCUUGCAAUGCAGUUAGCAAGACGGGAGAAAAGUCUUUUGGCUGUGGUUCGCUCUGUUUUCAGUUCUUCUAAUGACUUCGCCAUUUCGUUUCUUUUUUCCAGAUGACUUUAAGCUUUAUCCUCCAGGCCCCCAGGUGAAGUGUCUUCCCUCUCUGUUGGGUUGUGGCACGAAUGGAGUCUUGCUUCUUGGUCACUGGUUUCGGUUUGAUGCACUGGUGCAGCGGUGAUUCACUGGCAGUCGUCUGGCAGUCGUCAGUUUCCACUGGUGCAACGGUUUUUCACUGUCAAGUGUAUGUGAGCAUCAGGGUUUCCCACACUUGAAAGGGAAGGACUUGGACACAGGAUUCCACUCUUCUUGUAUUUUAUUGGUUUUCAGUGGAACUGACGUUAGAAUCAGAAGUAGAAUCAGAGGUAGAAUCAGAAGUAGAAGCUAGAAGCUUGGAGCUUGAAGCCGAAGUUAGAAGGUGAAAAACCUUUAAACAUACAAACAUAAAAUAAAUGUAUGAAUAAAUGCCUGUUUUUCUACAACAAAGCAUGUAUGAAUAAAUGCUUGUUUUUCUAUAACAAAACCCAAGUUAAUUAGGCAACAAUAUAUAAAUAUUUAUGUAUAAGGUAAAUUAGGUAUAUUUUAACCAUUUUUAAUAAUUCAGGUAAUAUGUUGCUGAACAAAUAUAAAUGAACAGAAAAACAGUUUUAAACUAAGAACCAUUUUAACCAUUAGCCCUUUCACAGGCAGUUUGUUCACUUUAACUGAAGAUCUUUUACUACACGCCACUGAUAAAGAAAGUUUAAAUCAUUAAACCAAUCACAGGUAAGGAACAAACAUUUCUCAUGCCCACGGAUUACUGCGAGCGCAGCGUUUGCAUAUAAAUAAGUUCAGUGGGUUUACCGGUAGCCUUUUUUGUCCUUUUUUCCCCUGAUGUGCUGUAAAGUUUGUGUUAGUAGCGAAUUCUCUUUGCAGCUGCUGCGCUGCUGCUUCGUUACAAACCGAAUGUUAAUUCUGCCUAGCGUUCUAGAACGACCGCUGCCCUGCUAACUAGCGUUGUGAUUGGCUGCCCUGCUAACUAGCGUUGUGAUUGGCUGCCUGUUCAGCGCAGCGUUUCAGCGUAGCAGGAAGUGGCGGAGGCAGCUGUCAAUCAUGUGAGCCUGCGUUCAGGCACUCCUUGUGGCAGAUCGCCGCAACAGUAAUAGCAUAUGGAUCCAGAACACUAUCAGUGGCAGAGAGAAACUACAAGUUACACUCAGGUAAAUUGGAGUUCAUGGCACUAAAAUGGGCAGUAACAGAACACUUUCGUGAUUAUCUGUUUCAUGCACCUCAUUUCACUGUCUAUAGUGACAACAACCACCUGACAUAUGUCACCAAGUCAGCAAAACUCAAUGCAACGGGACAUCGCUGGGUGGCAGAACUGUCCGAUUACAGGUUUACUCUUAAAUACAGGCCUGGAUCAGUAAAUAGAGAUGCAGAUUUCUUAUCACGAAGACCAAAGCAGAUAGAAGAAAUCAGGCAGGAAUGCACACAGGAGUGCACACAAGAAGUAACUGACUUAAUUGGAGAAGCCGUGGAGAGAGAAAAGACUGGGGAAGUUAACUGGAUCUCUGAUGUUACCUGUAAUGCAGAUGCGCUACCAGAAGGGACCUGUGUCUCUGAGCCAAUUCAGCCUCUUGCAGUGGAAGACAUCAGGGUGGCCCAAAAUGCAGACCCAGUCAUAAACAGAGUCUUGGUCCUGAAAAAGACACCCCUACCUGAAACAAACACAAGCUAGCAGAGAGUGAAGCUGUCAGAGUGUUCCUCAGAGAGUGGCCCCUUCUACAGGUUGAUGGAGAUAGGAUCCUCAGGAGAGAGACAGUAAACAGGAUGUAGCUAGUCAUUCCUGAUUCCCUGAAGCCUGUUAUUUACAAGCACCUCCAUGAGGAGAUGGGACACUUAGGUGCAGAUCAUCUGGUUUCUCUUGCCAGGGAACGCUUUUUCUGGCCCAAGAUGAGACAGGAAAUGGAGCACUAUGUUACUCAGGUGUGUUGCUGCUUAAAAAGAAAGAAACCAAACAGAGUAACUAGGACACCAAUACAGACCAUUGAGACUAAUGCACCAUUCGAGAUGAUAUCCAUAGACUAUGUACACUUAGAGAAAUGUAAGGGAGGUGAGGAAUACAUCCUCGUGGUGGUGGAUCAUUUCACUAAGUAUGCACAGGCGUAUGCAACCAAGGAUAAGUCAGAGAAGACUGCAGCCAAAAAACUGUUUGAUGACUUCAUCAUGUGCUUCGGUUUCCCCUUUAAGAUACACCAUGACCAAGGAAAAGAGUUUGAAAACAAUCUCUUUCACAAGCUCCAAAGUUACUGUGCUAUUCGCCAUUCCCGCACCUCCCUGUACCAUCCCCAAGCCAAUCCAGCCGAAUGCUUCAACAGGACGCUACUGGGUAUGUUGCGCACACUGGAAGGGACUCAGAAGUCAAGGUGGAAAGAGCACUUAAAUAAGGUGGUCCAUGCCUAUAAUUCCACGGUACAUGAAUCGACAGGUUUCUCCCAAUUUUUCCUUCUCUUUGGCUGUGAGCCUACUCUGCCAGUUGAUUUAAUGUUCCCAAAAAGGAGAGAAAAGGAAAGCCAAUCACACACAGGCUAUGCAGAGAAGUGGAGAGAAGCUAUGCGAGAAGCCUACAUGAUUGCGAUGGAAAAUAUGAGGAAGUGUGGAAGAAGAGGACAGAGAAACUACAAUCGGCAAGCAUGUAGCUCCACCCUUGAGCCAGGUGAUCAUGUCCUGCUAAGAAAUCUAACACCCGGGGGCGUCGUGGCUCAGGUGGUUAAGGCGCCAUACCAUGAAUGCGGGCGACCCGGGUUCGAUUCCGGCCCGAGGUCAUUUCCCGAUCCCUUCCCGUCUCUCUCUCUCCCGCUCAUUUCCUGUCUCUACACUGUCCUAUCCAAUAAAGGUGCAAAAAGCCCAAAAAAAUAUCUAAAAAAAAAAAAAAAAAGAAAUCUAACACCCGGGGGGGUCCAGGGAAGCUGCAUAGUUACUGGGAGGACAUGAUUUAUGUCGUCAGAGAAAGGAAAGGCCCUGACAGCCCAGUUUAUAUGGUUGAACCAUCGCAAGUUGCAGGAAAGAAACGAGUGUUACAUCGUAACCUACUUUUUCCAUGUCCUUACCUGGUUGAAAAGCCAGACGUCAGUGGUCCCAAUCUGAGAGAGAGAGAAAAUGGAAAAAAAGCUAAGUUUACAGCAAGAAGAAAGAAGAAAGCUGAAAGUGAUGCUCACCUGACAGCCACAGACAAUUCCAGUGAUGAGGAGUAUUAUUUUUGGACAGCAGAAAGACAAGCCAACCCUAACCUCAAUCCAGAAGCAGAGGAGUUCUGCCCGGGGGUGGAAAGAUUGGGAGAAAGACGUGAGGAGAUGAUCAUACCGAAGGAGAAUCCUGAAGAGGAGCAACUGGAGGAGGGAUGCUGUGUGGAGAGAGAGACUGGUUCAUCUGCUGCUGAGUCUGAGGAGGAGCAGAGGGAAGCUGACACAGAGAAAGAGAGAGACCAGUGAGAGCCAGACAGCCCAGCUAGGGCAGCUGAGCCUUGAGCUGCUGAAGUCCUGCCCUGUCAGUGUGAAGGGGGUCCCAGAAGUCAGCCGAGAUCCCUAAACCAGAUCAUCAUUCAUGUAUCCUUUUCAUUGUAGUGGUUAAAGUUACAGAAAAAUAAGUUAGCUUAAGUUCAUAGUGAUGCAUUCAUUUCAGUAUUAAAAUACACACACUACUGUUAAGAUAGAAACAGGAAAUCUGAACAUUUAUUCGAGCAAUAAUAAACAGAGCCGGGUUACUGUCUGACCAGAUAACAGAAGAGAAUAGUGUGGCAUACAUUGUAGCAAUAAAUGUUAUUGUGCAUGUAUUCGGGUAAAUUAGCGGAGUGUAUGGCAUUGAAAUGUGUAGAAGCAUAAUGUUGGGUAUAUGUGGUAAUUUCCUUGUCCCUUUGUGAAGAUUGGGGGGCCCACCAAUAGUUUUAUGGACUACUAACCCUUCAAUACUAAAGGGCUAUGAACACUUAGUCUUGUAUUAUUGCCAUGGACAUUGAUGAAAAGAUGGAGAAACAGAGACACUGAAUAGUGAAGGCAGACCCUAAUCCUGUGAUGUGUAGUUUGUUGAAUGCUGACCUGUUUACUGACAUUUCACCACGUGUUCUGUUGUUGAUGCAUGUUGUUAGUUAUAGUUGGAUAGAAGAGAAUAGGAAAAUGUUAGGCAACAUUUUUUUUAGUGGGGGAGGGUGUUGUAACCAGGAAAUAUUUCAUACCUUUAAGUGUAUAGAUUUAUUUUUUUGAAGUAUGUACAAUAGUAUAUUUUAAUUUCAUUAUUCAUUUUAAUUUAUUCACACACUUUAUAAUUUCACUUUGAUUUAUGGUUUGCUUACGUCAUCACUCUGCGCACAGCCGUGUUGCAGGUCAAGGUUCAACCAGUGAGUUUUUUUUUUUUUUUUUUUAUUGACAUGUGCGUGUACACGAUACUGCGCGAGUCCGUGCUGCUCCAAGAAAAAGAAAAACUCUUUAAAAAAAAUAAAUAACUCAGCACCGGGGACGAAUAAAGUUGCCAAAUUGAAGACGGAUUCCUGUCCAUUUCAUGGGUGCAACAAUAGGAACUCUCUUCUCUAAACUUGCUUAUUCAAUGGGGAGGGUGAAUUGAGUCAAUGGACAAAAAGUUGGGAAAAUGGUUUGUAUCAGCCUUUCUUAAUUUCCAAAAUCCAAACUAAAGGCCGUGGAUGGCAUGGUUUCGGUUCAAGUUUACGCACAACACAAGUUUUCCAAAAAAGAGGUUCCAAGUUUAUUCCAACGCAAAAUAGUCCAGGUUUUCUUUAACUAAUAAUUCCAACAAAAAUUUUCCAUAUUCUUCAUCCAAUACUUUAGUUCAUUUAGUGUGUGUGUGUGUGUGUGGUAAAAAUCUUUUAUCUCCCCAAAACCAUGUCACGCCGCCCAACAUUGCUUCCAAACUAAAUUAAAGAGGCGGGCGUGACCUAAAUACUUACACCUGCGCCUAGGUAGGUGUUUCCAAAUCACAGGUCAUAGUGAACUUAACAAAAAACAGAAAUGGCCAUGACAUUCCGGCCCCUAAUUCUUGUACAACAAGUAAUUACAAGUCUAUAUACAACAUUUACAAGAGAAUGGCCAUUACAACUACAAUAAUAACGUAAGCUUACAUACAAUACAACAAUACUAUUUACAUAUUUACAAUUCAGGUAUCAUAAUUUAAAAAUUUUUUUCUGCAUUUUUUUUCCAAGUGGUAUUUAAGUUCAUAGUCAAGUGCAUCAAAAAAAAAGGUUUUCAGUCCAAAAAAUCAUCUUCUUGAAUGGAAAAAGGCUCCAAGUGUAUGCAAUGGUCUGUGCGCUUGUGUUAAUGUGCAAUGGACUGUAUGCAUGUGUUCAGAAAAAAGGUUAUGACGCCUAAUGCAGCAUCACAUAGAUCAGUGAGUGAGCAUCUGUAAUAUGUAGAGUCAGAGGUUCCAGAACAUGACUCAGUUGGAGGCAAACAUUCACUGUUGCCCCUUAAACUACCCCCACCAGGAGGCAGAUCUUGUUGAUGGGUUUUUCCAACUCAUUGGCCUGUGUCUUGACACGGACACGUCGAACGCACCCUUUGGAGUCUGCCAUGGUGUCAGUGAUGCGUCCAAUGGGCCACGAACUUCUAGGUGCAGACACUUCCACCACGAACACGACAUCGCCAACUGUGAAGUUUCUGUGAGCCUUGCUCCACUUCUGUCUCUCUUGCAGUUGAGGUAGGUACUCAUUCAUCCACCUCUUCCAAAAGAGGUCAGCAAUGUAUUGCACUUGUCUCCAGCGUCUCCAAGCAUACAGGUCUUCCUUCUUGAAUAAACCUGGUGGCAAGAUGGGUUUAUCUUUCAGCUGGAGCAGGUGGUUAGGAGUCAAGACCUCGAGGUCAUUGGGAUCGUCAGAGGAGGUGGUGAUUGGACGGUCAUUCAGUAUGGCCUCCACUUCACAGAAGACUGUCUGCAAGGCUUCAUCAUCUAGGACUAGUUGGUUAGUUACAGAGCACAACAAUCUUUUCACAACCUGCACCAAGCGUUCCCAUACGCCACCAUGGUGGGCCCCGUAUGGGGGGUUAAAUGUCGAUUUAAUUCCAUCCUGUAUCAAACUGUUCUGAAUUUUACUUUGAUUCAAUUCUGCAAUGGCUUGUUUCAACUCACGGUUUGUGCUGACAAAGUUGGUUCUAUUAUCCGACCGGAUUUCUUUGACUUGGCCUCUGCGGCAGAUGAACCUCCUGAUGGCGUUUAUACAGGAAUCUGUAUUGAGAGAAUGCGCCACCUCCAGGUGUACUGCUUGGCAGGUUAGGCAAGUAAAAAGGGCUCCAUAUCUUUUAACUAGGCUUCUGCCAUUCUUUACUUCUAUUGGCCCAAAAUAGUCUAGGCCAACAUAUGUGAAUGGUGGGGAAUCAGCAGACACUCUGUCAACAGGAAGAUCAGACAUUUUCUGCUCAUCUAGUCUUUGGCGCUGUUUUUGGCACACCACACAAUCACUGAUGAUCUUUCUGGCUGCUGCAUUUGCAUGGGGAAUCCAGUAUUGACGUCGUAGGGUGGAGAGCAUAUGAUUUCUUCCCCUGUGACCAACUUUAUUGUGCACAUGUUGAAGAAUGAGCUUUGAGACAUGGCUUUCUUUUGGCAGUAUUGCAGGGUGUUUUGUUUCCUCCGGUAAAGCGGACCUGCUCAGCCUACCACCCACUCUCAGCACAUCAUCAGUGACAAUGGGGUCAAGUUUGUAUAGGUGACUGGACUUCUUCACACCACCAGAUCUCAGUGCAGCCAGUUCACUGGAGUAAUGUUGCUUUUGCACAAAGCUCACUAUCGCCUUCUCUGCUAAGAGCAGAUCAUCAGCUGUGAGUGCAGGUGUUGUGCCCUCUGCUGGGCAACUUGUUUGUUGUUGGGCAUCACUACAUUGGAGUCAUGGAAUGGC